AUGAGUAUUGACGGUGAAUUUCUACGAAAUGUUGAAGUGAAGACGGACGAGAUGUAUGGGAAUUCGUUGAAUGCGCUUUCGAUUAUUCGCUCAGGGAAACUUAUCGGAGUAAUUGAUAAGGAAGCUACAAAUGAUCCCAAUGCAUUACUCAUUUUGAAUCUCAUCAAAGAAGUUGACGACAGGAAUCAAGCCAACAUUACUAUCAGGCAAAUCGACAACAGGGUGAACUCCAAUGAUGAGCCUUCAAAUGCUAUUAUAAAAGUCAACAACGAACCACGUGAACACGGAGAACUCGAACCCGGUCAACUAGUCCCAGAGGGUCAAGCUCAUAAGUGUGCAUUGUGCCCGAAGAGUUUCUCAAGUGCUAGCGGUCUCAAGCAACAUUCACAUAUUCACUGCAGUUCAAAGCCAUUUCGUUGUCAUAUCUGCAACAAGGCUUAUACGCAGUUUUCCAAUCUCUGCCGGCAUCGACGAAUUCACCUGGAUGGAUGGCAGUGUCCCAUCUGCCAACAAUCAUUACCUUCACAUAGCGCUCUUGUGAAGCAUCGAACUCUUUGUGAAAUGGCAUCCGCUCUCUAUAAACCGCUCAUUCCUCAUAUGCCCAUACCGGGCCUAGCGCCACACAUGAUGCCCAACUACUGGCCACAUCUUAUUCAUAUUGCCACACAGCCAAAAGGCAUCAUAGCCGAGGAUUCUUGA